AAUGAGAACCGAAGAAUAUAGAAGACAUGACCCAGCAAAAGUGAGGCUCCUGACUGUCCGUCCAUAGUUCUUCAGGCUUGCUUCCAUCCCUUUUUCCAUCAUCGUGUGCAUCAAAAGCAUUUGCGACGUCUUCAUGCGAGGAUCCUGCUUCUGACACCAUUUGUCAAAGGGUGGCUGUCCUCCGUGGGAAAAACCUCAACCCCUCUGAUGGAUCACAACAGACCAUAACCGGAAGUUGGCGGUUGCACUGUGGAACCUGACGUGGAGCGGAGCUCCUCAUCCAGAGAGCCUGACGCGGGGACGGACAGCGGUGCUCCUCUUUCGAUCCGGACGGUGCCCGAGCCUCCCAUGACCUCGUCGGCGGGUCCGUGUCGCCUUGCUCCAGUUCGCUCGCUGCGACGCGAACACGAUGUGAUCACGUCGCUCCAGUGACCCUCCCUUCGGACUAACCCCCGCCGGAUCCCGUGAAGAGUCGUGAUGGGCAAACUUCAGUCCAAACCCGCGUGCAAGCGCAGAGAGAACCCCGAAGGCGACAGCUUUGUCGUCGGCGCCUUCCUGCGCAGAGGGAUGGAGGAAUGUGAGCGCUACAGCGCGUCGGAGCACAAGAUCAAGCGCCUGCAGGAGUUUCCAAACGGGGAGCUGAAGGAAGGUCAAUUCGCGGAUCAACACUGCCCCCUAGAGGUGGCCCUUCCUCCAGAGAAGGCUGAAGGCUGUGAGAGCCACCUGCAGUAUCUUCACCCCGAGGACGGACAGCCACACAGAGACCCCUCCGGAGCCGCUGGAAAGAAACGCAUCAGCCUGGAUGACCUCGAGUGUGACGUCUCCGUUGAGGACGACAACCGACAAGAGUGGAUCUUCACGCUGUACGACUUCGACAACAGUGGGAAAGUGACAAAAGAGGACAUGUCCAGCCUGAUGCAUACCAUCUAUGACGUGGUGGACGCCUCAGUGAACCAGUCCUGCCGCAGUAAGAGCAAGACCCUGCGCGUCAAGCUGACCGUCACGCCGGAGCCCAAGUCACACAGGAGAGACACGGGGACAGACCGUCACCAGGAGGAGGGACGCUCAGCUGACAGGAGGCUGUUGUCCUAUGUGAGCGGCAGGGGGCCGAGCGCAGAGGGAGCAACCACUGAGGGUCAGCAUUACUGUGUGGACGAGAACACAGAGCGGAGAAAUCACUACCUGGACUUGGCUGGGAUUGAGAACUACACCUCAAGAUUUGAAGGAAGCACCCCUCCUCAGGACUCUCAUCAUCAUCACAGUUCUCAGAGUCGCUCGCGCUCCCAGGAGCCUGAAUCCCAAGGUGUUCACCGUCGGCGCUCGCAGAUCAUCGGCCCGGCCGAGGCUCGGGCCAGAGGAUCUUCCGUCAAGUCUCCCAAAGGAACCUACAAGGGCGGAGCUGGAGGCAAAUCCACUAAAUGCCAGGGUCACCACGGCCCUCUUCACGGCUGGCUGCAGGCCGGGGGUCAGGACGUGUACCACAUGCCGCACCAGCCCGCCAGCCACCCGCUGCAGUACAGUCACAGCAGGCGGAUCCGAGGCAAAGCCAGAGAGGCCCUGUCCCCAUCCAGAGCGCCACUGAGCCCUCACCCCCACCCUCAGCAGCCCACCGCCGUGCCCCCGGGGCCGGAGAGAGAGGCGGCGUUCGCGGCGCCGGGCAGCCCCGGCUCGGUGCUACCUGUGGUCCAGCGCCACGAGCAUCACCAUCACCACGAACACCACCACCACCACCACUACCACCACUACCACCAGACAUGAUGGGAGCAGGAGCCAGGACCUUCUGACUCUAGUAAGCUACACAGAUGUAUCCCGUCGGUAUAGUGUGAAGGGCCGUCGAAGUCAACCAGUGUGGCACCGUGCUGAAGGUGGCCACUGCGCUCAGAAAGAGACUUGAAGCUAUAUGUCACCACAGUGGCGUUGUUCUUUCCGAAGCAUGGAUCUCAGGUGUAACGGUGCUGCUGCUCUCGAGCUGUUCACAGGAGGGACCCACUGUGUCCCGAGGUUCGAAUCACCACUGCCAGUUUCAAUGCCAAAGUAUCUUGCUUUAUGUAUAAAAAAUGUAUAUCUGUAAACACACUUUACUGUAUAAUGAUAACACAUGAAUAUGCAUAUUUUAUCAUGAACAUAUUUGUGCGUAUAUGUUUUUUGUCUUUUAUAUAUUUUAAUAAACAUAUAGUUCGUUCAGGAGACAAGCCAGAGUGGCCAAAAGACGCACUCAAUAUGAGCUGUACUUACACGUUCCUCACCACUAGGUGGCAACCAAACGCUGUUACAACUUCUGGUGGUCUCAACCUGCAGGUCAGACCACAUGCCGUGGCGUAGGAACCCCUGAGGUUUCACUCUUCACAGUUGAACGUCACCAUCCCAGAAGGAUCACGGCGUUCCAGCUGAUCCGGAGCCAGCCAGACAAAUGGCUCGGAUGCAGCACGGCGCGAUUGAUCAGCUUCCUUCAAAGGAGGAACCUGUUCUUGCAGUGAAAGAAGAUGCGGCGUCACUUCCACAGCAUCAUUGGUAUUUUCCCUUUUAUGUCUAGUUGUUCCAAUAAUUUGGGCCACAUGAAAUGUCUUCACGGUCCGGAUUUGGCCCACGGGCCUUGGGUUUGACGCGGGAUGACCGAAUCCCCAGCCUUUCUUUCCUACAACAAAUGGUAUUUCCGUGCUACCGCACCUUUGUGCGGAGAGGUCAGUGAACCCCACCCCUCACCCCCGACACACUCACGGGGAAACAUCAAAGUGGCCCAACAUGAAGCCUUCAUGGGAACAAUUGCUCCAUUCUACACCCUGCACCCCAACCCUGGCCAGCCCCUCCACCCCCCCAUUUCCAGUCGAUUAAGCCGGGGGCUGAGCGGAGGGGAAGAUGGUUGGCUAAUUCAGCCG